AUUCCAGAGAACGUUACGAUCCAGAAACCUACCCUCCUCGCUCGCGCGCUUUUUUAUUUAAAUCCACCGCCUCCCUCUCUGGAGGAAGAACAGUGAAGGAAAUGGGUGCUCGAGCUAGCUCCGUCUUCUUCUUCGCGAUUCUCGUGGCCAUUGCCGCCCGAUCGAUCGACGCUGCCAGCUGCAGCACCCAAAUGGCGAGCUUGGCCAACGAUUGCAGCGCUCUCCUGGGCAGCAACGAUCCGGAGGCGCCCACCAAGGAUUGCUGCGACGCGAUCCUGGCCGCCGACACGCGCUGCGUUUGCCGCUACGUCACGCCCAUGGUCGUCCGCCUCGUCAACAUGAAGAGGGUCGUCCACAUCGCUGCUACGUGCGGCCGAAACAUCCCACACGGAUUUAAAUGUGGAAGUAAGCCCCUCGCUCCUCUUCCGGAUCUUGUCUCGCGUCUCACGAACACUGAUUUAUCUGGCAGAUUACACUGUCCCGUGACGAAUCUCACGACCCAAACUCGCUGCCGGAUCGAUCGAAACUCUGCUGCUGCUGACUGUGUAAGCGUCGUCAAUGGAAUAAAAAUCACCAAAGGAAGAAAAAAAAGAAUUUGUCUCCAUAAAGUUAGUAAAAGUACCAGUGUACAAGUGUGCUCUUAGUUUACGAGCACCGCCCCCAACUCUUCUACACCUCGCCCUCGAAUUUCUC